AUGAGUCGAAUCAUCGAUGAGACAGAUAAAGACAAAACACUUCAUGAGUUGAAGAAAUACAUUAGAAAGGGAUAUGUACCAAAGACAAAGGGUAAUCUCGCUCCAUUCAAAAAGAUCUUUGCGGAACUUACCAUCUCAGAUGAGGAACUGAUAAUGAAAGGAAAACGCAUUAUUCUUCCUGAGAGUUUGUGGGACAUUGCCCUUGUAAAAGCCCACCAGGGAGGUCACCCUGGAAUGAACAGCCUUAAACGCCGCCUACGCAGUCAUUUCUGGUUCCCAAAAAUGAACCAAAAAGUGGAAGAGAAAGUGGCAUCCUGUAAAGAGUGUCAACUAUUUACAAACAAGACAAUGCACGAACCCAUUCAAUCUCACAGAACGCCGGAACAUGCAUGGCAAGAUGUAAGCAUUGAUCUGUUUGGUCCUAUGCCCGACAGUAAGCAUGUGUUGGUAGUUCUGGAUAAAAUGAGUCGAUCUCCUGCAGCAAAGCUUGUCCCAAACACCGCAGCUAAGCCUGUCAUUAAAGCAUUGGAUGACAUUUAUACAGAUUUCGGUUAUCCUGAAAUGCAUCGCACAGACAAUGGACCACCAUUUGAUUCAAAAGCAUUUGCUGAAUUUUCCCAAGGCAGCGGUAUUGAUCAUGUUAAAACCUUCCCGUAUCACCCACAAGCAAACCCUGCAGAAACAUUUAUGCGUCCUCUCGGGAAAGCGUUAAAGGCGGCCCAUUUCAAUAAAAAGGAUAAACAUACAGCUAUUAAGGAAGUCCUAGCAACAUAUCGGGCGACGCCUCAUCCUGCAACGGGAGUACCACCGGGAGAUCUCUUGCUUCGUAGUGGGUAUCGAAAAGAUUUUCCGCGACGGCAACUGACUGAGCAACAGAUACGCGAGGCUCAGAUGCAAGACAGAGCACAACGUAUGUCUCGAGAGGACCAAAUGAACAGGUCGACCCAUAGAAAGAAGUCCAUCUACACUCCAGGGGAUCUUGUGUACAUGCGGAACAUGCAGCGGUGCAAGUUUGAUCCCAUCUUUGGGCCAGAGCUGUAUAAAGUCCUGUGCACAGAAGGUAGCGGCCUGUUACUAGAAAGUUUGGCUGAUAAUAAAAGUUUCAGAAGGCACUGUGAUGACGUAAAGCCUGCAGUUAGCCAAGGAAAAAUCGAGGACCAUACUAUUUGGAUAGAGAACCAAGCCCAUCAAACAGAAAACGCGAACAACCAAGAUCCGGUUCCAGACAUGACAGAAGAGCCAGUAAUUGCCCCAGCUGGCGUUACUGCGCAACAUCCAAAUGAGGACAGGGCUACAAGACCUCGGAGGGAAACUCGUUUACCUGCUAGGUUCAAAGACUACGUCCGUUACUAA